AUGGAUAUAGACUAUAAUAACAAUAAUAAUAAUAAUAAUAAUAUAGAUAAUAUAGAUAAUAUAGAUAAUAUAGAUAAUAACAUAAGUAAUUAUGAAAAUAAUGAAAUAGUAAUAGAAAAUAAUUGUUAUGGUGAAUCAUCAUUAGAGCCAGCUUUAUUAUUUUAUAAAGAAAACAAUAUCUAUACUGGUGAUGAGGGUGGUAGACAAUCUCCACAAAAUUGGUUUUUUAAUAACCCAGUUUUCAUUUCUCAAUACAAUAAUAAUAACUAUCAAAAUAAUGUAUCACCACAAGAUAAUAAUAGUAUUAUUCAAUAUGAUCAAGAGAUCAUUGAUAAUGAUAGUUAUACACCAAUCGAAUUAUACCAAGAUGUAAAUAAUUUAAAUAAUAAUGUUCACAUUAUUCCCAACAAUAAUGUAAAUAAUGUAAAUAGUGUAAAUAGUGUAAAUAGUGUAAAUUAUAAUAAUAAUAAUAAUAAUAAUAAUAAUAAUAAUAAUAAUAAUAAUAAUAAUAAUAAUAAUAAUAAUUAUGAUUUUAAUAGUUUUUAUAUAAAUAAUAGUUUCAAUGAUAAUAUAAAUAAUUGCCUAUACAAUUGUAUUGAUUAUAAUCAAAUGAUUGUUCAAUAUAAUAAUAAUGAUAAUAGUAAUUGCAAUGUAAAUAAUAGUAACAAUAAUAACAAUAAUAACAGUAUUAAUUUAAACUAUAAUGGUUAUGUAGAUACUAAUGGCAAUUCCAUAGAGCAUAAUGCAUUAUCAUAUGAAGAAAUUUUAGACUCAGUUUUGUAUAGUAAUAAAAAACUAAAAACAAAUGAAGCAGAUUUUAAAAGCAAUAACAACAAUAUUAAUAGUAAUAAUUUAGACCAUUAUACAAUAUCAAACAGUACUUUUUAUAACAAUAGUUUCCAAUUUAGUACCUCAGAAUUAAAAAAUAAUAAUAGCUUUGAUAAUAGUAAUAUGGGCAAUAAUAGGUUAUUAUUUGAAACUGAUAGCGAGGAUGAGGUAUCAGAGAGUAUUAUAAGUGACAGUGGAAAUGACCCGGAUUCAAUUGAUGAGGAUGGUUAUAAUGGUUUUAAUAAUAAUGAUGACAUGGUAGAUAGAUUAAAUAAAAUUAAAAAAAUAAAAGAUUUUUAUCCAAAAAUUCAUGAAAAAGUUUUUUCAUUUUUAACAGAGUGUUUACAACUAUCAAUUAGGAAUGACGAUAAUGGCCACAACAACGAAUAA